ACCUUAAAUUGGUUUGCCAUCUCCCUUGGUGCAACAUGUACUAGUUCCCACUACCCCUUCUAGCUUCUUCAGGUGCUGUUCCCCUCCAGAGAAAGAAGAAAGUAUCCUUCCAAGCCACCACUUGCUUUGAUUCUUGGGGAGCAUCCAUUCCAUAGCAUCCUCAUAGCCGCCUGCAAGCAGAUCUGAGCAGCUAUAAUAACUCCCUGAUCGGAUCCGCUCUCGUUCCUUGCGCUGAUUUGCGAUGACCGGAGGGGAUUCCAUGGAUGCAAUCAGCCUGGAUGACUGGGAGCUCCUGCCUGACCUCGGGAGCUCCUUCUUCCUGGAGGAGUGCGCUGCUGGUGGUGGUGAUGAAGAAGAUGCCAUGGGACCAUCAGCGCAAGCUGCCUCUGCACGGCAGCAGCAUGAUGUCGAGUUCGAGGACAUCGGCGUCGUGCAGGCCGAGCCGAGGCAAGGGGAGCUCGCGAUGAUGGUGACCGAGGUGAUGGUCUCCGGUGCAGAAGAGGAGGAAGAGAUGGUGAACUCCCCUGUUGCCGAAGAGGAAGCUGGUGAGGAGGACGAGGUGAUGGUGGAAGCAGCACCUGAUCAUCUACCCCAUGAGGUGGAAGAAGGUGCGGAGAGAGACAGGGCAGGGAUGGACGCUGCUGGCUUCAGCGUCGGGAAACUGAGGGUGAACGGCGUCGGGGCGCUCUGCUCCUUCGGGGUCGCCGCUGCCACCUUCUGCAUCCUGGUGCUUGGCGGCAGGCCGCAGCAGCAGAGGAAGGUGCAGGACCACAAGUCCCAGUUCCAGGUGUUCGCCGAUGAUGAGAGGAUCCAUCGUGCCGUGGAGCAGGCGUCCAGGCUGAACCAGGCCGUGUCGUCGGUCAUGGGGGGCGCGUCCACCAGGGGGGCGACGGUGUCGUUCGGCGGCCACUACACCGGGUUUUGACGUGCUACGAGAAGCUUCUAGAAUCCGUCGACGCAUCCACGAUCUAAUAGUAUUAGACAUAUUGAUUGAUAUUGAGAUUCUUUAUUUACAAACAUUGGCCAGGGCCCCGUAGCCUGCACGCAUGUACAUAUGCUUCUACUCAGCUGGUACGUAGAUAGCAUGAGUCCACUGUCAUGUACAUUUCCUACCAGCAGAUGUGAAUAUUAUUCUGGGUUUGAUUU